AUGGCUCUUUCCGCUAUUGGAAAUUUCCAAUUAUUAUCGCAAACAUAUAAUUAUAAUGAACAUCGCAUCGACUGCACCUUCCAAGUGCUCCCGACACGAGUGACCCUGUUUGGCAGCAAGGCCACCAAUGACUACUACUGGAUGGACGCCGCCCGCUGGCGCGCAGUUGAGGCAGCUUUGUGGCGUGAAUUCGAAAAACUUGAUCGCUGGGAGGACGCCAAGAAGAUGCAAGUGGUUUUGAAGAUCGACCACAUAAAUGUAUGUAUCCGGGCCGAUGAAAUAUCGCACGCUGCGACCGAAAGCCUUUUGGCCGGAGACAAGCUGGUGCCGGCAGCGGAUCUCUGCCUCACCAUCCAGCUGGAGUACAUUACGGGCGAGGACGCCGUCAUCUUUAACAGUCUUGCCACGGCCGGAGAGACCAAGAACGAGAUCGCCACAACCAGUGGCUCCAAGGCCAAACGCGCCGACUCUGAACUUCAGCCGAAAUCUCUUUUUCCAGAGAAUUCGACAAACACGGAGCCGAUACUUAUACUAGACUCCGAUGACGAAGCCGAAGACGAUUUUAGCUGGAUCUUCGCAACGCGCAACAAAACCCCACCAUCGUCGACCCAGAACGAAGGUGAACUCAAAACAACUGGACUGGAGAGCGAGUCAACCACUGGAUUCAUGAGCCCAUCCAAAGCUAACUCUAUCAUCAAUUGGGCUCUUUCCUGCCGUGAAACUAAUAUGGAAAAGGAGGAAUCCCGUGGCAAAUCUGAGAAGGAGCCUCUAGAGAGGAACCUGGAGGGGAACUCCCUAACGGCUCUCGAGGCAUUGCUGAUGAAAUUGAAUGAGGAAGUCCCACCGCCCCAAGUUGAGGUACUACUCUUGGAAUCUAUGACUCUAGACGAUGUUAUGGCCUCAUUCGACCGCUAUAAAGACGACAUCGCUAAGCUGUUCAACGAGCAAAAGGACAAAGGGCACAUACACAGCUAUAAGGGUGUUUCUCACAUUGAAGUCCUGGACAUCCUAAAUCCGACCAUACAUCACGAAAUGAUGUUGAAACUGGCGGAGUACUUUAAAACCAGACACACCAAUGCGAGCCUGAUUAUCAACGGACUGUUGCCGCUUUGGAUUGUGCUGCUCUUUGUGGACACUUACAAGUUAUCCCAUGAUGAUGCAGUGCGUCACAUUAAGGCCCAAAUGAAGUGGACCAUUCAUCAGGGGGCCCUGGACGCAAAAUCAGAGGACUACGACUUUUAG